AUGCAGCCAACAGCAGUAAGGAUGUCGCAGAAGCUGCGGAUAUUAGUACCUGUAAAACGUGUCAUCGACUAUGCAGUGAAACCACGAGUAAAGUCUGACAAAAGCGGCGUGGAAACUCAAGGCGUCAAGCACUCGAUGAACCCUUUUGACGAGCUCUCGAUUGAAGAAGCAGCACGUAUGCGCGAAAAGAAGCUACCGGUAGACGAGAUUAUUGCUAUCUCUGCAGGUCCAGCGAAAUGCGCGGACACCCUACGCACAGCUAUGGCCAUGGGUGCCGACCGUUCGAUACAUGUUGAUGUUGCAGAGGACAAGCCAUUAGAGCCAUUGCAGGUAGCGAAGCUGUUGAAGGCCGCUGCGGAAAAGGAGAAUGUCAACUUGAUAUUUCUAGGAAAGCAAGCAAUCGACGACGAUAGUGGCCAGACAGGGCAGAUGCUCGCGGCUCUGCUCGGCUGGCCACAAGCUACACAGGCAGCAAAAGUAGAGGUCAAUGGCGACGAAGUCACUGUGACAAGAGAAGUAGAUGGGGGCGUUGAAACGCUCAAAGCCAAACUCCCCAUGAUUAUCACCACAGAUCUGCGGCUCAACGAGCCAAGAUACGCUAGCCUGCCGAACAUCAUGAAGGCCAAAAAGAAGAAGAUGGAAAAGAAGAGUUUAAAAGACUACGGGCUGGAAGAGGCAUUUAGACUGAAGACCAUCAAAGUUGAAGAACCACCUGCGCGGCAGGGCGGUGGUAAGGUAGAAGAUGUUGAUGGCAUGAUUUCCAAGUUCAAGGAGUUGGGUGUGCUAUAA